AUGCCAGAUGCCGCUUCCAGAUCCCGGGAAUCCCUGCUAGCUUCACAUUGCAGAACUGGGGAUCUAGGGCAAGCGAGCAAGCUCUUUAGAGCCUUCAGUCCAUGGCAAUGGAAUCUCCAGGCAUGGAAAACGCUGCUGACCGCAUAUACCCGCUUCGGGCAUCUGAGGGACGCCAAGAUCCUGUUUGAUGGCAUGCCUCUGCGCGAUGUCGCGAGCUGGAACCUGCUGAUGGCGGCGUACUCGCGAAACGGGCAGAUGGAUCAGGCCAGGAAGUUAUUCGAAGGGAAUCCGGAGACAGACUUGGCUUCGUGGAAUUUGAUGAUUUGCGCAAAUGCCUCAAACGGGCAUUAUUCCGAUGCCAAGCGCCUCUUUCAAAGAAUGCCUUUGCGGAGUUUGAGUACGUGGAAUGCCAUGCUAUCUGCAGAAAUUUGCCUCGAAAACGCCGUGGCUUUCUUUGAGACUUUCCCUGAGCGGGACCUGAUCACGUGGACGGCCAUGCUGACGUGGUAUACCCAAAGUGGGCAUAUGCCCGACGCAAAGAGGACGUUUCACCAAAUGCCGGCUAGGGAUCUGAUUACGUGGAGUGCCAUGCUGGCGGGAUACUCGCGACUUGGACAUGCCGACUCAGCAAGGUUUGUCUUCGAAUCCAUGCCACAGCACAAUCUCAUAACUUGGAAUGAGAUGCUAAGCGCAUAUGCCCGCUGUGGGCAUCUUGAUUUGGCCCAGACACUGUUUAGGAAUAUGCCACUACAAGAUCACGUCACUUGGAACUCAUUGCUGGCGGCAUAUGUUCAGAGCGGAAAAAUUCUAGAUGCCAAGGCAAUGUUUCAGAAUAUGCCGCAACACAGCCUGGUAUCUUGGAACACCAUGUUAUCAGCCUACGCCCAAAGCGGGUAUACCAUAGAGGCCAGGCGCACUUUCGAGUCCAUGGCCUAUCACAGCCUCUUGACGUGGAAUGCUAUGCUUUCAGCCUACAGUGGAUUGGGCUGUGUGAAAGAGACUAGCGAGAUCUUUCAGAACAUGCCGGCAAAAGACCUGCUGACGUGGACGGCUGUGGUUGCUGCGUAUUGUCAGGCUGGGCGCCUUGAAUAUGCCAAGUCAUUGUUUGACUCGAUGCCUGAAAGGGACCUCCAAUCGUGGACUGCGUUGGCAGCGGCAUAUGCCCGUGCUGGGUUACUUGAAGAUGCAGAUUCCCUAGUGAGAAAAAUGCCCGGUCAGGACGUGGUUUCUCACACGGCAGUUUGCUCCGCAUAUUCCCAGUCUGGGAAUCUCGGAGCCUCAAAGAUCUUGUUUGAUCAAAUGCCGGCGAGGAACGAGGUGACGUGGACUGCCAUGGUGGCGGCAUAUGCCCAGAACGGGCAUCUGGAAUCCGGGAGGCGAAUCUUCGUCUCCAUGCCUGAGAGGGAUCUCAUCUCGUGGAGGACGAUGCUUCUGGGUCUGGCGGAGAACGAACGGCCGCACGAAACCCUAGCGGAGUUCAAUCGCAUGAAGCUGAGAUUCUCGCCGCAAGAGCCCUGUUUCAUCAUCGUUCUCCUGGCGAUCGGCCAGAUCGGCGACGCGCGCCUGGGAAUCGAGCAAUUCCUGAGCAUGAGGAUGGAUUAUGGGGUGAAUCCCAUCAAGCAGCACUUCUCCUGCGUUGUGGAUGUGCUCGCGAGGGCCGGAUACCUGGAAGAAGCGCUCGAUCUCCUCGAAAACAUGCCAUUCGUGCCCGACGCGCUGGAUUGGACGUGCCUGCUCGCCGCGACGCGAUUCUACAAGCACUCGAUCGGGGACGCCGCGAAACGCGUCCUCCAUCUCCAUCCCCGGAAUGGCGCGGGCUACAUUCUCGUCUCCAACGUCUUCACGCAAGAGCCCUAA